AUGUCGGACGCCCCAGAGACGGCGCCUCCUAGCCCCCCAACCAUCACCAACCCUUCCCCUCCUGAAGUCACCAACGCAGUGAAACCAGGCCGAAAGACCAAUCAGCUGCAGUACAUGCAGAACGUGGUGGUGAAGACGCUGUGGAAGCAUCAGUUCGCCUGGCCCUUCUACCAACCUGUGGACGCCAUCAAACUGGGCCUCGCUGAUUAUCACAAAGUAAUCAAGAACCCAAUGGACAUGGGCACUAUAAAGAAACGGCUAGAGAACAAUUAUUACUGGAGUGCGAGUGAAGCCAUGCAGGACUUCAACACCAUGUUCACCAACUGCUACAUCUACAAUAAGCCCACAGACGACAUAGUGCUUAUGGCUCAAGCCUUGGAGAAAAUCUUCCUGCAGAAAGUGGCUCAGAUGCCUCAGGAGGAGGUGGCUCUGCUGCCUCCAGCUCCAAAAGGGAAGAAGCAGAACAAGCAGCCAGCCGCCACCACAGUGAACCAGCAGCAGGCAGAGUCCUCCUCCCCCUCUCCCACACAGACUCCUGUGAUCUCGGCCACACCUACACCUGUACAGACCACUCCCCCUGCCUCUGCCCCACCGCCCCCGGCCACCAUCAUGCCUUCUGCCCAGCCCGUCCUGAAGCAGAAGAAGGGCGUGAAGAGGAAAGCGGACACAACCACUCCCACUACUUCUGCCAUCUCCUCCAGCCGCGCAGACUCCCCCUCGGGCCCAGAACCCAAAACCAAGCCAUCCCGCCGCCCCUCCGCCAAGUCCAGAGAGGAGGUGGGGGCAGCGGAGGCAGUGGGCGGAGCUCCUGCACCAGGGGUUGUUGCCAAACGAGCUACACCAGGGAAGAUUGGCGAGCAGAUGAAGCACUGUGACGCCAUUUUGAAAGAGAUGCUGUCGAAGAAGCACGCGGCGUACGCCUGGCCCUUCUACAAACCGGUGGAUGCAGAAGCACUGGAGCUGCACGACUAUCAUGACAUCAUUAAGCACCCCAUGGACCUCAGCACGGUCCGGAAAAAGAUGGACAAAAGUGAAUAUACCGACCCUCAGAGUUUUGCUACCGACGUGAGAUUAAUGUUCUCGAACUGCUACAAAUACAACCCUCCAGACCACGAGGUGGUGGCCAUGGCCCGAAAACUGCAGGACGUAUUUGAGAUGCGUUUCGCAAAGAUCCCUGAUGAGGGCCUGGAGGCGUCUGUCCCCUCCACGACUCCAGUGGUCAGUAAAUCCACCGCCUCCUCCGACAGCAGCAACAACUCCUCCUCCGACGAAUCCUCAGACUCCGAGGAGGAGCGAGCCACGCGAUUGGCCGAGCUCCAGGAGCAGGUGGGUGAACCGGCCAAUCGCAGAGGGGCCAAUCACAGACCAUCCAAUCACAGGCUGAAGGCAGUUCACGAGCAGCUGGCCGUGCUCUCACAGGCGCCAGUCUCCAAACCAAAGAAGAAGAAAGAGAAAAAGGAUAAGGAGAAGAAGAAAGACAAAGGGAACAAGGCCAAACUGGAAGAGGAAAAGAAGAAACCUGCAGCCGCCCCUGCCACAACUCAGCCAAAACCGGCCAAUCAGAAGAAGGCUCCCGCCAGGAAGGCCAACAGCACCGUCACCGCCACAAGACAACCCAAAAAGGGUGGUAAAACUGGUGGCUCUGCGAACGGAGAGGAGGGAGAAGAGUCUUCCUUGCCCAUGACUUAUGACGAGAAGCGGCAGCUCAGCUUGGACAUAAACCGUUUACCAGGAGAGAAGCUGGGGCGCGUUGUGCACAUCAUCCAGUCCAGAGAACCGUCGCUUCGAGACUCCAACCCCGAUGAGAUAGAGAUCGACUUCGAGACGCUCAAACCCUCUACGCUGAGAGAGCUGGAGAGAUACGUCAAAUCCUGCCUGCAGAAGAAGCAGCGGAAACUCAUGCAGAAAGCGGCUGGGGGCGGGGCCUCUGGUGCCGGGGGCGGAGCCAGUAGGUUGAGUGGCAGCUCGUCCUCCUCCUCAGACGACAGCUCGUCCACGGGAAGCUCCUCCUCCUCCGACACAGACUGA